AUGCCACCACGAAAACCACAGCAUGGCUUUCGCCGUGGAGGAAAACAAGCAUAUCAUGGACCUCGAAAAGCAAAAACCUUCGAAAAGUCGUCCGGCCGAAACGAGGGUACAUCUCUGGAGGAAAAGUUGGAGGCUGUUAAACUCGGUCAUUCAGUAGAUGAAGCUAUGGGGUUUCCGCGGCAUGAAUCUGGCAAGAAGAAAAUUGGAUGGUUGGUUAAUAUAAAAGCUACAACAAUUGAGGAUGAGAAACAUUUGGAAGGUCGAGCUGGAGUCGAUUGCUACUUUAUUGAGGAUGAUGGAGGAACUUUCAAAGCGACAGUCGAAUAUGAACCUUAUUUUCUGGUUGCGGUUAAGUGGGGAUAUGAGCCAGAGGCUGAGGAAUGGCUGAAAAGGGCUCCCGGUGGUGGAGUUGUGAAGAGUAUAAAAAGAGUGGAAAAAGAGGAUUUGUCAAUGCCAAAUCAUUUACUGGGCUACAGAAGGACUUUCUUUGAGUGCAGGUUUAGGAAUGUGUCGGAUCUGUUGGCGGCUAGGAAGGAUAUUAUGCCGGUGGCGGAGAAGAAUAAAAAGAAUAUGAAUGCGAUGGAUACUUAUGCGGAGGUUGCCAGUGCAAAUGCUGGAUUCGACCUUUUUGACGACUCACGAGAUGAUGAUAAACGACUUAAUGUUUCUGUUGCAGAGGGUAGUGAUUUUAUUGUAGAUAUUAGGGAAUGGGAUGUACCGUACCAUGUACGGGUAAUGAUAGAUCAAGAUAUAAGGACGGGAAAAUGGUAUUCGGUGGAGGCAAAACACGGCACGACAAAAUUAAAAUGUCUCGAAGACCGUUUAGCAAGAGCCGAUCCAGUAGUUAUGGCAUACGAUAUUGAAACGACGAAGCUCCCUCUCAAAUUUCCAGAUGCGACAAUCGAUCAGAUUAUGAUGAUAUCAUACAUGAUAGAUGGGCAAGGAUUUUUGAUCACGAACCGAGAGAUCGUUUCUGAAGACAUCGAGGAUUUCGAAUAUACACCAAAACCUGAAUACGAUGGACCUUUUAUGAUUUUUAAUGAACCAGACGAGAAGGCUGUUAUCGAACGUUUCUUCCUCCAUAUUAAGGAGGCACGACCUACAGUAAUAGCCACAUAUAACGGUGAUUUCUUCGAUUGGCCUUUUGUGGACGCGCGAGCAAGUGUUAAUGGUAUCGAUAUGUACCGGGAGAUUGGAUGGCGCAGGAGUCAAAGCGAGGAUCAGUACAUAUGUGACUAUAGUGCACACAUGGAUUGUUUCCAUUGGGUCAACCGUGAUAGUUACCUGCCUCAAGGAAGUCGAGGUCUGAAAGCUGUAACAACAGCAAAGCUCGGUUACGAUCCCGAUGAAAUUGAUCCGGAAUUGAUGUUGAGAUAUGCCAGCGAGAAACCUCAGACACUCGCAGAAUAUUCCGUCUCCGAUGCUGUAGCAACAUACUAUUUGUACAUGAAAUAUGUACAUCCCUUCAUUUUCUCUUUAUGUACUAUUAUUCCUCUAGGACCAGAUGCAGUUUUGCGAAAAGGGACAGGAACCCUUUGCGAGAUGUUACUCAUGGUACAGGCUUACCAAAAAGAAAUUGUUCUGCCUAAUAAGCAUGUAUCACCAAAAGAAUCAUUCUGGGAAGGUCAUUUACUAGAAUCAGAAACCUAUGUCGGUGGACAUGUCGAAAGUAUUGAGGCAGGUGUUUUUAGGGCUGAUAUACCAGUUAAUUUUGCGGUUGAUACAACCGCUAUCGAUGAACUUCUUGAGGACUUGGAUGCUGCACUAAAAUUCAGUAUCACGGUAGAAGAGAAGAAAUCGCUGGAUGAUAUCGACAAUUACGAGGAAGUUAAGCAACAAAUCACAGACCGUCUAACUAGUCUUAAGAAAACCGCAAAUCGAAGCGAGAAACCCCUGAUUUAUCAUUUGGAUGUCGCUUCCAUGUAUCCGAACAUUAUGACGACAAACCGACUGCAACCAGAUUCUAUGAUUCAAGAAUCUGAUUGCGCGGCAUGCGAUUUCAAUCGGCCUGGUAAAACAUGUGAUCGGAGAAUGCCUUGGGCAUGGAGAGGCGAAUAUCUUCCGGCGAAGAGGGACGAAUAUCUUAUGAUCAGGCAUUCGCUUGAGAAUGAACGAUUUCCAGGAAAAUAUCCUAACCAACCAAGCAGGACUUUCCAGGAUCUUUCAUAUGAAGAGCAAGCUGGGCUGAUUCGGAAGCGCUUGCAAACGUACAGUCAAAAGAUCUAUCACAAGAUUCACGACCAGACCACGAUUGAACGAGAAGCAAUCAUUUGUCAACGAGAAAAUCCCUUUUACAUCGAUACUGUGAAGGACUUCAGAGAUCGUCGAUAUGAUUACAAGGGCAAACAGAAAGUCUGGAAAGGCAAGACUGAUGCUCUCAAAUCAGCAGGUGCCCCGGCAGCUGAGGUCGAAGAUGCGAAGAAAAUGAUUGUUUUGUUCGACUCUCUACAGUUGGCUCACAAGGUCAUUCUGAACUCCUUUUACGGUUAUGUGAUGAGAAAAGGUUCGCGAUGGUACUCUAUGGAGAUGGCUGGUGUCACGUGUUUGACUGGAGCUCACAUUAUUCAAAUGGCUCGACAGCUAGUUGAACGAAUUGGACGUCCUCUAGAACUGGAUACAGAUGGUAUUUGGUGUAUGCUUCCAGCCACUUUUCCAGAGAAUUAUGCCUUCAAAAUGAAGAGCGGCAAGAAACUCGCCAUCUCGUACCCUUGCGUCAUGUUGAAUCAUCUUGUCCACGACAAAUUCACGAAUCAUCAAUACCAAACUCUCACUGAUCCGAAAACUUUCAAGUACGAAACGCAUAGCGAUAAUUCCAUUUUCUUCGAAGUCGACGGUCCUUAUCGUGCUAUGAUCUUGCCUACUUCCAAGGAAGAAGACAAGAAUUUGAAGAAACGUUAUGCUGUGUUCAACGACGAUGGUAGUCUGGCGGAAUUGAAAGGUUUCGAGGUGAAGCGAAGAGGAGAGUUGAAACUCAUUAAGAUUUUCCAACAGCAAAUCUUCAAAUUCUUCUUAGAGGGUACAACUCUUGAAGAGACGUAUCAAGCAGUGGCGAAAGUUGCGAAUCAAUGGCUUGAUGUCCUCGACUCUAAAGGGAAAACUCUCGCCGAUGCGGAACUUAUCGAUCUCAUUUGCGAAAACAGAAGUAUGUCGAAGAGUUUAGAGGAAUAUGGCUCACAAAAAUCAACUUCCAUUACUACUGCAAAGCGUUUGGCCGAGUUCUUGGGAGAACAAAUGGUGAAAGAUAAGGGUUUGAAUUGCAAGUAUAUCAUAUGCGCCAAACCAAGACAUGCACCGGUGACAGAACGAGCUGUUCCGGUUGCUAUCUUCUCAUCGGAUAUAUCGGUAAAGCGACACUUUUUGCGCAAAUGGUUGAAGGAGGAUCCGACAGAUAUGGAUCCGAGAGCUCUUUUGGAUUGGGAUUAUUAUUCUGAACGUCUUGGUUCCGUCAUCCAGAAGCUAAUUACCAUCCCUGCGGCUCUUCAGAAAUGUUCAAAUCCCGUGCCGAGAGUAGCACAUCCAGAUUGGCUACAAAGAAGAAUUCGAAUCAAGGAUGAUAAGAUGAAGCAAAAGAAAAUGACUGAUAUGUUUGCCAAGACACCUCUUGAAGACAUAUCAAACUUGCAGGACCCAAGAAUGGCCGAUAUGGAGGAUUUUGGAACACAACUUUUGAAGCCGAAGACACUAGGUUCACAGCUCAAUGCGGCGUCGCAGAAGCCCAUGAAGAGGAAAUCUCCUGAACCUGCGGUAGCAGUAUCUAUAAAUCCCUUUGCCGCGCUUCCCGAGAAAAUGCCGUCACCGAGUGAAGAUUAUGAAGGAUUUUUAGAGUACCAAAAACAGAAAUGGAAGAUCCAGAAACAGGCGAGGAUACGUCGUCGACAUCUCUUUGGUGAAAAUCGUGGGGCUCAAAGCAAUAUUGCGACGACUUUCCAGAAUCAAGCUGAACAGUUGUUCAAGAGCACGUGGCAAGUCUUACAAUUGAGAGGCACUGAAAGUCCGGGUGUUGUUCUUGCGUUCGUCCUUAUUGACUCGAAGGUACAUACAUUGAAAGUUAAGGUUCCGAGAACAGUGUUCCUCAAUUUGAAAGGCAGGGAAUUGCCAGAUAUUGAAAUUGAUGGCUGUGAAGCUGAGAAGGUUAGCCAUACGCUGCCGAACGGACAUCCAUCUGUUCAUUUGUUCAAACUCACAAUGUCUGAAGACGUAUAUGUCAACGAAGCACAGAAGAUAUCUUUACUUUUCAACCACCCUAGUGUGGAAGGUGUUUAUGAAAAACAAGUUCCACUUAAUAUCCGUGCAGUACUUCAACUAGGCAGUUUGUGUACAUUUGAUGAGACUCAGCCUGGAGUUCUCGGAAAAGGUCUUGAGCAAGGUUUCGAUCUAUCUGGACUUCGUCGCGCUUCGCCAAAGAAUCCAUAUCUCUCUCAUUCACCAAUGGCAUACCUCUACCUCUAUCAUGUUAUUGCUGGAGAUAGACAAAUAUUUGCACUAUUCUCGACUUCGAAGGAGCAGGCACAUGUUGUCAUCCUUCAGAAGACUAAGGUUGCUGAGCAGGACUUGCCCAAUAUUUCGAAAACAUACGCGGAUUGUAUCGCCAAACGUCAUCAAGAUGCCAAUGGAGGAGUGUGGCAAAAUUGUUUUGGUUAUCAAGAAAAGAUCCAGUUUAAAAUCAGCCAGGUCACAACAAGGAGGAAAACGUUACUGGAGGUUGGUGACUUGGUAAAGAAAAUGAAGAAUGAUGAAUCGAAGCCACUCAUGCUUGUCGUACAAUCUCCGCAAAGAAGCUUACUGGUGCAUGAUGUACCUAUUCUUGGAGAUUUGCCAAUACUUCCUCUGAAGUCCGACAUUCAGGAUAGCAAGCUUCCUCCUCUCAAUUGGCAAUCCGUUAUUGCAAAGCGUUUGGUAAACCACUACUUGAGUCUCGGGGAAUGGGUUGUUCAUCUAACUGAGCUUGCAAGAUAUGGGGAUGUACCACUUUGUAAUCUCGAAAGAGAUGAUCCUCGAUUUUUGAUCGAUGUGGCCUAUGCAAGAAGAUUGCAAAAGAAUAAUGUUGUUUUGUGGUGGUCUGCUGGUCCCAAGCCAGAUCAUGCCGGGUAUGAACUCGAUGAUGUACUCGGGGGUCUUGAUACUGUGCAAAUGCCAUCCGUCAAUAACCCUGGUACUUAUCCUUCUGUUUGUAUUGAGCUCGAUGUCAGGAACUUGGCUAUCAAUACUAUCCUAACUUCAUCUUUGAUCAAUGAGCUUGAGGGCAGCGACUCGAUAUCUUUCAAUCCUGCUGCACCAUCUGAUGAUGCACCCAGCGAUGGUACUAAUGUUCUCUAUGCUGAGAAUGCCUUUGCUACUGCCGGUGUUACAGUUCUGCGAGAGAUGGUGAAGGCUUGGUGGACUGAAGCCUGCAAAGGUAGUAGCAUGGCAGAUAUCAUGGUCCAGCAUCUUGUACGCUGGGUUGAAAAUCCAGACUCAUUCCUAUACGACCGAUCGUUAAAUUAUUAUGUCCAGAUGAUGUCUCGAAAAGCAUUUCAGCAGCUCAUGACCGAUUUCAGACGUGUCGGAUCUCAUGUUGUAUUUGCCAACUCAAAUCGACUGCUAUUACAAACAACCAAAGCCGAAGUUGGAAACGCAUAUGCAUAUAGUCAAUAUAUCCUCAAGUCUAUCAAAGCAAAACCACUAUUCCAUUUUCUUGACCUUGAAAUCAAAGAGUAUUGGGAUUAUCUGGUUUGGUACGACGAAUUCAAUUAUGGUGGCAAGGGUUGCUCGGAAGUCGUUGAAGCCGAAAACCAAAAGUUGGAUAACAUUAUGCAUUGGCAACUGAGUAAUUUCCUCCCUGAGAAAUUACAACAAAUCUUCAACGAUUGGGUUCUAGAAUUUAUCGAUAUAAUGCACGGUCUUAAGAAACCUCGUCUCGGCAUUGAUUCUACACCUCGAGCCACGCAACUUCCAGUCCGAAAUCUAGGCGAGGACAAGGAAGAUAAGGUUAUACUUGGGAAGAGUUUCGAAAAGCCCCUGAAGAAACAAAUCGCUGGUAUCAUCCGCCGACAAAAAGACGAAAUGCUCCAUCCCGAACUCGCCGAAGAUUACAAAUUCCCCAUCCUUCCCGGUUCCCACCUCAAACCCACAAACCCCGCCCUAGAACUUGUGAAAAGUCUCAUGCAAGUUCUAUCCCUCGACAAAAACAUCACACUCGAAGCGCGCCUCCUCCGCAAAGAACUCCUCGAAAUGUUUGAAAUCCGGGAAUUUUCCCACGCCGCCAAAUUUCAAAAUCCUUCCAUCUCAGCUAAACUCUACAGCGUCGUCUGCGACUCCUGUACCACGUCGCGCGAUAUGGAUUUCUGUCGCGACGAGGAUUUACUUCCGAAUAGCGAGGGAAGCUGGACUUGGAAAUGUGCGUUUUGUAAUUCAGAGUUUGAGCAUUUGGGUAUAGAGGAGAGGAUUAUUGCGGAGGUUAUGAGCAUCCUGGCGGAGUGGGUCGCUCAGGAUUUAAAAUGUAAAAAUGAUGAUUUUUGGUGUAAAAGAGUGGUCUAA